AUGGCGGGCCGCGCUGCCGAGCGCCGGCACGUCCGGCGGCGUUGCGCGACGCAGGCCGGGCCCGGCGGCGCGGAAAACCCGCGGCGGAGCGCGGCUCCCUCGCGGGGCCGGGGCGCACGAGGCGCGGGCGGGGGCCAAGGUCACGGCGGGCGCGGGCGGCGUCCCCCGCGCCGGCCUCCGCAGGCCGCCUUCCCCGCCUUCCCCGCCGGCCCGCGGCCGGGGCGCCCGGGGGCUGCGUGUUCACCGCCCGCGGCCCCCGCCCGCCGGGCCUCCGGUGGACAAGCCCGCGGCGGCCCGGGUCCCGACGUCCGCGGCGGACGGGCACGGGCGCCGGGGCCCAGCGGAGGCCCGCGAGCGAGGCCCGGCCAGGACGGCGCCGCCGCGCUGCCGGCUGCGGGCCGCGGGCCGCUCCCCGGGGCGCUGCGUGGGGCCUCCCGAAGGCGGGCCGAGGAGGGCGCGCACCGCCCGCCCAGCCGGUCGUCGGAAGUGCAGCCGCGGCUCCAGCGUGGAGGGCCGGCCUGGGCAGGACGGCGCGGGGACAGCACCCGGCCUGCCCUCAUCCGUGCGGGAGGUGCGGAGCACCGCAGGAGCACCCAGCACAGCCCAGGAGCACCCAGCAGACGCCCAGGAGCACCCAGCACAGCCCAGGAGCACCCGGCACAGCCCAGGAGCACCCGGCACAGCCCAGGAACACCCGGCACAGCCCAGGAGCACCCGGCACAGCCCAGGAGCACCCGGCACAGCCCAGGAGCACCCGGCACAGACCCGGAGCACCCAGCACAGCCCAGGAGCACCCAGCAGACGCCCAGGAGCACCCAGCAGACGCCCAGGAGCACCCAGCAGACGCCCAGGAGCACCGGCACAGCCCAGGAGCACCCAGCACAGCCCUCAGGCCAGGUACCCACAGACACCCCGCACAGCCCUCACGCCAGGUAA